UCCUCCACCGCAUCUCAUAAACGAAACAGAUUUUCAUUUUCUUUUCAUUUCCUCGUAAAGCUGGUGAUGUUCUUCACAAAGAAAAUGGAUCCGAGCUUAAUUUCGUUGGAGGGUUUUUCAUUUCUCCUAACUACUUUUGCGACCAUUUUCUAUGGUGAGAGAUCGAGACAGCACAGAAUUGGGAUCUGAUGUUGGGAGUUACAGAGGCAAUUCAUGGCAGUAGCUCUUUGAAAAGGAGAUCCAAAAUUCGUUAAUCUUCAGGUUUCCGGCAUCAAUCUGAGAUGGUGAAUCAAAUAGAUGAGUAUUGAUUGUUUAUGUUGUUGGUGGUAGAAUUUGGAAGAUGAAUUGAUUGGAGAUGCAGUGGAUCUACUGUGAGUUUUUGAUUCUUAAGCAGGUAGCGGCUGAGUUUGGGAUUGCUUUGUAAUUAGUGAUUGAGAAAUGACAGUGGGUGAAGAGAAAACUGUGAAGAGCGAAUAGAGAUGGAAUUGAACUGCAACAGCGGCAAUGGAGUUGGGGGUGUUGAUUUAUUUUAGUGACAAGGGGUUCUCGACAUGUAAUCGUAGGCUGAAAUGGGUUCUGGUUUAAUUGGUUUUCUAUGGAGUUGUACUAUGGAAUUCGGUUCUGCUGGUAUCAAAUGAAGGAGAAUCUGCUGGGUAUGGUACACACGGUGGUGAACUGAGAGCUUGGGGGUUGUUGAUUUGUACAUUAAGAAGACACAUCAGAAGAUUGAGGAGUUAUCUGUUAACUGAACUUGUUCCGUUUUGUAUGGGGUUAAGAGCAACGGUCGAUUGAAGCUGGGUUUAAUUGGACAUUUGAGACACUAGACUUAAUUGAGAUGUUGUGCUUGCAAAGAAAAGAUGGAGAUUUCGAUGGGAAAUGGAGAUGCCAAUCAGGCUUCUAUGGAAAUGAUGAUGGUUAGUGUGUUGUUCUCAUUUGUAGCAGUGGGGAAUUGUGCAGCCAUACAACAGCAAUAAACGAAAGUGGAGACGUGAAUGAAGAUGGAAUGAAACUUGGGUUAGUGGUAAUCUGUAUUGUGCACACUGGAAUUAGUGAUGGUCUAUAUGUGCUGACAUUUCUAUGAGGCUACUGUUAUCACUGGGUGAAGAUGAGAGAAAGAAGGUAUGUAUCAGUGGGUUAGCCGAUUGUGGUUGAGUUGGUUGUGAAGAAAGACGUUCAGAUGGUCCAGUGCUGUAGUUGGAUUGAGGAAAGAGUAUUCGUAUUUGAAAUGAUUGGGAGAUGGGUUCUGUACAGGACCUGGAUUUGGCUAUUGGUGUUCGUAAUUGGACCAGGCUUUGGAGGUGCUGGUAGCAGUCACAAAGAGAGAAUUGAGAUGCAUAUAUAAACGAAAAGCAGAGACGAAUGGAGGGAGGCCGUUUACAGGGAAGAAAACUAGGGUACCUUAGGAGCUAAAGAUUGCUCAUCCAAAUAAGUUCUGUGAACUAAAGUGUAAAUCCAGGAGCGUCGCGAGUAAGUUACUUGCAACUUUUGUGUGUGCUGAAUUUUCUUGCUGUCGUGGUGUGUGCAAGUAAGUAAACUAGUAGAGAUACUUUUAUAUACUUGUUUGUUUGCUUGUUGUGCAUUGCAUUUGUUUGCCAAGCUAAGAUUUGAAUUUUGUCACUUUCUGCCUAGUCUGUGCUAAAGGAUCCCACUAUUGGUUGGGAUAAAUAGAGCAUUGACAUAUGUAUGGAACCGAUGAUGAUAAGGUAGACCCUCCUGUUAAGACCUUAAGGGAAUAUAUGUACCCGACUAGGGUGAGCCAACCCUCAUGCAUUGUUUUGCCGGCCACUAAAGAACAUUUUGAGAUUAGAAUUAAUACCAUCCAGGCUCUGCCAAACUUCUAUGGCAGAGAAAAUGAGAACCCUUAUUACCACAUUAGGGACUUUGAGGAACUAUGUGGUACUGUGAAAAUUAAAGACUUGAACGAUGAGUAUUUGAGAUUGAGAUUAUUCCCAUUCUCUUUGAAAGAUAAAGCAAAAUCGUGGCUUGAUGCAUUACCGUCUUCUUCCAUCUACACUUGGGAUGCGAUGACGAAGUUAUUUUUGCAUAAAUUUUUCCCUAGACAUAAAACCACGGCUUUACGUCAAAUUCUUAACAAUUUUUCGCAACAAGAAGGAGAAUCUCUCUAUGAUUACUUAGAGAGAUUCCAUGAUAUCUUGUUGCAAUGUCCGCACCAUGGAAUUGAUACCGUGAGACUCACUAUGAUUCUCUACGAAGGACUACAUCACAAAACUAUGACGAUGGUAGGAUCACUAUGUGGGGGUAAAUUUCAAGACAAGAGUGCUGAUGAGGGGUAUAAAUUUUUUCAUGAAGUAGCUGAAAAAACUCAGGAAUGGGAUGCUAAGGAACCCAUUAAGAAAUCUGCACCUAAUAGGAGUGAAGUGCAUAGAGUUGAUAUUGAUUUUGACUCUGAUGCUAAAAUUGUUGCUAUCGCAAGGCGAAUCGAGUCGUUAGAACAAAGUCAGUUUAGUUCUAGACCGUUUGUAGACCAUUCCUUUGAUGAUAAUGUCAGAGAGCAAGCCAAUGCUCCCUAUCAUGACAAUCGCCAAAAAUUUGACCCUUACUCAAAGACAUAUAACCCUGAGUGGUCGAGACACCCUAAGUCUUCAUGGUCUAAGGGUCAAUAUCAAGACCAAUCAAGUAGCAACAUGUUGUCAGGUUUCACACAAACAGAUCCUAGUUCGGUAGAAAGUCUAAAGUUGUUGACGCAGAAUACUUUACAACUUCGUCAAGACAUGAGGCAAUUUGCUCAAUUCUAGCAAAGUGCCUCAAUUCCAACAGACUACCCAAAAAUCGAUAACGAACUUGGAACAUCAAUUAGGAUAGUUGUCUAGCCAGAUGAGUGCCAUGGAUAAGGGAACCUUCCCUAAUCAGCCUCACCCAAAUGCAAAAGGUAUAUUUGAGGUGAACCAAUCUGGAUUUACACCUUCGGAUCAUGUCCAGGCCAUUACCACUUUGAGAAGUGGUAGAGUUUUAGGUAAUCAGGAUUCGAUUCUUGAGGAAAUUGAGCAAAUCAGGAACUCGCCAUAGACUGCCUAGGCCACUCCUUCUAACAAUAAUGAAACCAGUUUGAACGAGAAGGAUGAGCCUGAGUUUUUGUACAUUCCUUGUGCUCAUUUUCCUCAAAGAUUGUUACCUAAAACAGAAGAUACUCACAACAAUGAGAUUCUAGAAGUGUUUAAGCAAGUUAAAGUUAACAUUCCUCUGCUUGAUGCCAUUAGACAGAUUCCAUCUUAUGCUAAAGUUUUGAAAGAUCUUUGUGAUAGGAUUCUGGAGAACCCUAUAUGUGAUAACCACAAUCGCACGGUGUCUAACUAGUAGACAGAGGCAAGUACGGGUCGAACCCACAGGGAGCGGUGGAAAUACUCUAAUCAAUAUCUCUAAUGAACUAACCUGAAAUGAUUUUUGGGAUUUUUAGAAUGAGAAAAGUAAAAAAAAAUAAUAAAACUAAACUUAUAAAAUAAAAUCAAUGAGAAAGUUGGUAACCAGGGUUUAUAGUAUCCACCACUAUUUCUAUUCAAUUACUGAAAUUAAACAUAAUUCAUGAAUCAUUUACUGUUCGUUCUAUUGAUAUCACCUAUUAUAUGUAUUAUAGUCGCAAAUAUCACCAGGAUUCCCUAAGCAUGACACAUCAAAAGACUAAACUAAAGCAUGUACCAUCAAAUUGCAUUAGCGAGAAAGUUAUACGAAACUAAUUAUAGGUUCACCAAUAAUACCUGACUAUUCUAAGCAUAUCCCAUCAAAGGAAUUUAACCCAAGCAUGAAAUAUCAGACAAUGAGACAAAUAUAUUUGUGAUCCUAACAAUUACGCAACAAGGUUUACAAAACCUGUGAAACAACAACUCAUUUCAUCAUUAAAUCAAUAUAUAAAAUCAUGGAAUUAAAUUUAUUCAAAUCAUAAUGGUCUAUUGCUUCAUAAGUCGAUUCAAUCAAAAAUAGCCUAAUACCCGAAGUGGUUUCACCCAAUAAACCCUAGUUACAAAUGUGUAGCAAAACAUAAUUGUGGGUUUCUCAAAACCCAUCAAAAAUAAUAACAAUAAAAAGAUAUUUAAACUGUAUCACUGUCGUCACCGACAAUCGAUCCUCUUCUUCUCGCCUUGUUUUGUCUGCUCCAAAACUCUCACGAACGCAUUGUUCUCUCGCCGUCAGCUCUGUAGCCGCAACUUUUCAGUUGUCGGAACCUCCUCUCAAAGUUGUUCUCCGUUCCUUUUUAUUGUACGCUGCGAAUAAACUUUAAAAUAAGACCUAGCCCAUUGCAAGGCCCAGUCCAACCGUAUGUUUCAGUCUGUCUGACUCUCUUCAUCCACAGGCCAACCACGACACCUAGGUUCAACCAUUCUCUGAGUCCAUUGCGGUCGUACUUCACCCUACUUCAUCCAAACCCAAAACAAGCUCACCGAUUUCUCCCAAGAACACUCGAAACCCUAACCCAAUAGUCCGAUCACUAGCUGCGCUUGUUUCGCUUCCAUGGCAGCAGCAACAGCUCAGACUACUUCUUUCAUAUACGUACAACACCUUGCCAUUAGCACCAACCCAUUCAACAGACCCAUCGAUCAUCUCCAUAUCCAUUUAAACUUAGGCCAUAUCACCAGUUUCCAUUCCCUGUCCGUUCAGUCAAAAACUGGCCAUCUAAAUUCACCUCUGACCAUAUCGACUAUAUCGACUGCAACUUGCUCAUCCAGCGUCUACAUCUCUUGGCAUCUUCUUUAUUGAUGUUUCUGCUAAACUUCUCCAGUUGCACAGGCUCACAAAACAUGAACCCUAGACGACCAGAUCACCAUUCGUGCUUCAUUAAAUUCUAUCACAGCAGCACUUUCCUCCAUCGGUUUUAGCAGCUCGAGCAAAUUACCUCCACAACAAGUUCGAAUCACCGAACCAAGACCAUCCUUGCUACUGACUUACUUUCAACCGAGACCAAGAGUUCUGUCAAAUGAAUUAACCACUCCACUGCCACAUCCAUCAUUCAAUCACCGGAACUACAACAUCUCUCGUUCCAAACGACUGCAACUGCAUCACAGCCCCAAAAUCAGUCCAUGCCCAGAAGCCAUAGCUCUCGUUGCUUCCUAGAUAAAUCCCCAAAAUAAACACAAUCGGUGCCCAUCUUCAUUUGUUGUUUGCUGGUCCACCUCCAUUCCCGUCGUUACUCGCCUAACUCGAAGCUUCACUUACUGCUGUUGCGGGUGAAGAACAAAUACUUUCAGAAUGGGGUUCAGAAUCAUUUUUUUUAAUAAGAAAUGAGAGUUGAUGUGAGAAUAGCCACGUGUACUAUCUCUUAGCUCAACAACACCAUGUCUCUUUAUUUCUCUAACCCUUCCUUUGCCUCCAAGUGAGUUUGUUUAGUGGAUGCCUCGAUCACAAAGGGAUUACAACACACCCCAUAAUUGAUGCUUUGAGUCGCAAAUGCUUCUUUAGCUUCCAUUUAGUUAUUAUUUUACCGGGUGAUCGAAUUCACUUGUACUUUUUACAAUAGCACUAAAUAAUGUUAUUAGCCAAAAUAUCGAGUCCUAGCUAAAAUAAAUAUGGGUAUCAAAUAUAGUAUUUACGUGCUUAUCAACACCCCCACACUUAUAUUUUGCUAGUCCUCGAGCAAAACAAAAAAUAUACCCACUAAACAGCUGGAUAAAGAGUAAUGUCCGCUAAACAGCUAGACGGAACCACUAAACAAAGGUUUAGAUGUCUGCUAAACUACGGGACGAUAUCUUCUAAACAGCGAGAAGGAACCACUAAACAAUGGUUUAGAUCUGCUAAACAGCAAGAUCGAGAGAUGUCUGCUAAAUAAUUAGACAGAAAGACCCGCUAAACAGCUGAUCAUUUUUUUAAUUUUAUUUUGAUGCAUUUUUUUUCGGAUGAAUUUUGUUUUUUUCUUUUUAAUCUGAAUAAAAGUGAAAACCUAUAAAAAUCUAAAUGCACAACCACUCCCCCACACUUAAACGUUAUUGAGUCAUCCAACGUAAAAAUUAAGAUGGGAAAUUCAUAAUAUGCGAAAAUAAACAAAUAAAAAUAAAACAAGAAAAUAGAAAUACCUACUGGAAUAUACAAAUAAGACUCACCAUUUAUCAACAACCUAAAUAUUUUAGGAUCAACCCAAAACACAAUAUAUACAAUUAGUGAUAACCUCACACUCUCGUUGUAGCAACGUAAAGAUAUAGAGAUUAUCAAAGGCAAAGAGCUAUCCCCAAACUUGGUUUUUGCAAAGGAUGUAUCAUUUUGAUCAAAAAUAACCGAGUCUAAAGGUUCGUUAGGGAUGGGAACUGAAAUGAUCUGGGAGUGAUGCACAUGUAAAGAGAAAUCACGAGAUGCAAAAUAAUCUAGUAAUACUGGAGAAGCACGCAGUUCUAAUCCAAAAUUAGGAAUCUUUUGAAAAGUUGUGCUAACAAUUCUAGGCAUAUUAACUUCUCAACUGGGUUUGUGACCCUGUACUAAAUCUUCAUCAUAAUCAUCAUCAACCAAGGAAUCAAUAGGAAUAUCACAAUAAAGAUGAUUAAAAGAAACCUUAUAGAUAAAGUGUAAUGUCUCUAAGUCGUUAGACUUAACUACGAUUUUCUCAGAACUAACACAUUCUUCAUAAGCAUCAUUGUUAUAACACUUAUAUGUCACACCGUCUAAAUGAAUGGUGUCCUCAAUCCUAAACUUAUCCUUUUGAAUAGGCGAGUGAUCAUUAACACGAUCAGGAGUUGGACUAAAUACACCGUCUUCACUUGGUAUGACAAUGUCUCUAUUCCUAUGAUCACAACUAUCAAGUUCAUCAUCAUUCUCCGUACACAUUGAUUCAUUAGUUAAAGCGAUUUCAUCAUAAAUAUCAAGAGUAUUAGAAAAAUUAGAACUUGUCUCCUCGAUAAGACCAAAUCUUUUACCGACUGCGUUAAUUCAGCAAUCGAUAAAUCAGUUUGUUCAGAAAGUUGAGCAAUAUAAGCAUGGGUUUCACUCAGCUCAGCAAAAAAUAACUCAUUAGCUUUGGUCUGUUCAGCAAUGUAAAUAUUGAGGCGUUCUAACAAAGAUAGUUGUGAUGCCGAUGGGUCACAGUAAGAUUAAUUAUCUCUCUCAUACUGUGACGGAGAAAUGUGCGAAUAAUAAUUGGAAUCAACAAAUUGCGGCUCAUAACCAGGGUAAGGUUGGUAAUGAUCAUAACCUUCACAAGGUCCGGAAUGAUCGUACCUAUGAGAAUAAUUCCAAUCAUUAUUUACACACUCGGCAGGUUCUUAAUAAUGAGAAGGUGCAUAUGCAUACUCCUCAGGUGAAAUAUCAAAAUGACUCGUCUGUCUCGGCUCUUUUUGUAAGAUUCCAAAAAGCUAUAAAAGAAGUCAACUCACUGGAAACCAUUAUACAAAGUAAAAUUUUCCCAAUAACUCACCUUGCAAAAGCUUUGUGAGAAUAUCAAGUACUUACUUUAGGCCUGUUGUUGACUCCAAUCGCCGCUCUUCAGACUAAGGUACCUAAGAAAAAAUCAAUAAGCUACGUAAAAAGAACUAAAAGAAAAUACAAAAAAAGAAAAAAAAAAGAAAGUAAUGUACAAAAAAUAAUAAAAAAAAUGUACAAAAUAC